GAAGAAACUCGGAAACACUUAAAUUAAAGUUGUUGGAUUUUAAACAUUCUGUUUAUGGUUUGUUUAGGUCUUUUUUCAAUUUAAUUAGUUAAUUUGUUUUUGUUUUUUUGUGAUAGUAAUUGUAAACAGCUAUGGCCGAUGCUGUAGCCGGAGGUGAAGGAGGCCGAGGUGGCUUUAGAGGUGCUUUUGGUGGUGCCAGAGGUGGUCGAGGAGGAAGAGGUAGAGGUGGUAGAGGUGGUCGAGGUCGUGGUCGGGGCCGUGGCCGUGGUAAAGAAGAUAAGGAAUGGUCUCCUGUCACCAAGCUUGGUCGAUUAGUUAAAGAUGGUAAAAUUUCUUCUCUAGAAGAUAUUUAUCGAUUCUCUUUACCCAUUAAAGAGUGUGAAAUUAUUGACUUUUUCCUUGGACCAAGUCUUAAGGAUGAAGUUCUUAAAAUUAUGCCGGUUCAGAAACAAACCAGAGCUGGUCAACGUACUCGAUUCAAGGCUUUUGUGGCUAUUGGAGAUUCUAAUGGACACAUUGGUUUAGGUGUCAAGUGCUCCAAAGAAGUAGCUACAGCUAUUAGAGGAGCCAUUAUCUUGGCUAAAUUAUCAAUUAUUCCGGUUCGACGAGGUUAUUGGGGUAACAAGCUUGGUACUCCUCAUACUGUUCCUUGCAAGGUCACCGGAAAAUGUGGAUCGGUUUCUGUACGUUUAAUCCCUGCUCCACGUGGUACCGGAAUCGUCGCUGCUCACGUACCAAAAAAGUUAUUACAAAUGGCUGGUAUUGAGGAUUGUUACACAUCGGCCAAAGGAUCGACUUGCACACUUGGUAAUUUCGCUAAAGCAACUUAUUUGGCUAUUCAAAAAACAUUUUCAUAUUUGACACCUGACUUGUGGGAAGAUAAAAGUUCAAUGAAUAAAUCUCCCUAUGAGACUCAUGCAUCUUACUUGAUGACAGUAGGGAGAAAAAACUAAUAAAUUAAAAGUUUUAAUAAUCACAAUUAUGUUGAUCAACCUCAUUAAUUUAAUAAAAUUUAUUCCCUAUUGAA